GGAGCGGAGCGGAGCGGCUGAACGAACGGCUCGAGGCGGGUGGACGGACGGACAACAGACAGGCGACCACAGUGGGGUCACAGUGUACAGUCGCACCGCCGGACAAUUGGCGGCGGCGAACAGUCGGGCUGGAGUAGCUGACGGCGGCGGACAAUCGGUGCCGGGGCCGGAGACCGGCGGGGCCGAGCUGGUGUACAGCCGGCACUAGGGGUGCACAUUAGACGGCCAGCGGUGUUGUUAUCGACGGGUCCGAGGGUCGCCGGAGCUCAGCCCCACUGACCAUGGCGGAGCGGGCGGCCGCCGCCAGGAGUCUGCUGGGCGACUCGACCGCCGGCGAUUCGCGCCUCGACGACGUUUCCAGAGAGUGCCUGUUCGCCGAGGCCGCGUCAGUCGCCGCUGAAGAUGCGUCUCAGAUUCGAACAAAAGUUGUGCUAUUAGGAAAGGUUCAGGAGAGUGAAGAGGUUCUGAAUGCUUUGGAGACCAUUCAAGAAAUGGAAGUUCCUUUGAUGAAGGCAAAGGAAAGCACGCCGAAUAGCAAACUGGGACACCAGUUUGUAAGAUCUUUAGUAAAAUUGGAAAUUGAACUGCCUUUCGUUAAGUCAGAAACAGUGGAAGAUUUUGAAAAUGAAAAUUCUGAAUUUGGCACUGUUUUUGUAUUGGAAGAAUUUGACAGCCAGCCUUAUGACACCUUGCGUAAGAUAAGCACCAGAAUCUUGGGACCACCUGUUAUACUUCGCUGUGCAAGGAAAGGAGAGCCUCUGCCUUUCACAUUACGGCCAUUGUACUGUACGUGCAUGUUGAAUCUCGUUUUGUGUUUCACUGGAUUCAAGAAAGAGAAGUUGCUUACACUUGUUACUAUGGCACAUCAUAUGGGCGCAACCAUUCGAAAAGAAUAUACUGGCAAAAUAACACAUCUUGUAGCACAUUCCACCCAAAGUGACAAGUUCAGGGCUGCUGUAAGCAUGGGAACACCAAUUAUGAAAGCAGAAUGGAUUUUCAAGGCUUGGGAAAAGAGAAAUGAAAUUGAUUUCCAUGUUGCCGAUGAAGCUUUUCGAAAUGAAUUUAAAGUCCCUCCGUUUCAAGACUGUGUUCUAACAUUUCUGGGAUUUUCAAAGGAAGAACUUGGAAGUAUGGAAGAAAUGACAGAAAUGCAAGGUGGGAGGCACUUGCCUGACGUUGAUGAAACUUGCACACAUCUCGUGAUCGAGGAUUCAAUAAAACAGUUGCCAUUUGAACCAUCAAAAAAAAUCUUUGUUGUGAAACAGGAGUGGUUCUGGGGAAGCAUACAGAUGGAUGCCAGAGCUGGAGAGUCCAUGUACUUGUAUGAAGAGUCAGGAAGUCCAACGUUGAAGACGCCUGUGUCUAUGCUUUCAUUAAACACCCCAAAUAGCACACGCAAGAGACGUCGCUUGCGGGAUACACUUGCACAGUUUACAAGAGAGACCGACAACUUUUCGCCUUUUCCUCCAUGCAAAAGGCCAUCGGCAGAAACUUCUGUUUCACUGGGAUCUUUAUUGGACGUAUCUAAUACACCAGACUCUUGUGGAGAAUAUUCAGUGCACAGGAUAGUAAAGAGGCAUAGAAAAAAUGAUAGACAGCAGGGCACGUUUAUGCAAAUUGGCAAGCCAAUCCCUAAAUGGAGAGCCCAGAGACGGCAGAGAAGUGGAAAAAAAUCUGGCAACCUUAUUGAAACACCCAAGUCCAGCCUAAAAGCAUCAAAACGUUAUGCAGCUGUUCCUGCAAAGCCGUCUGCUCGGUGGCAGGUUGCAAUGGAGUUGUACCAGACGGAAAGCAACUAUGUAGAUAUUUUAACUACAAUAAUUCAGAUAUUUAAGGUUCCGUUGGAGAAAGAGGGUCAACUUGGAGGGCCUAUUCUUGCACAAGAAGAAAUAAAAACAAUUUUUGGCAGUAUUCCGGAUAUUUUGGAGGUGCAUACAAAAAUUAAGUCUGACCUUGAAGAAAUUAUUCUGAACUGGUCAGAAAACCACAGUAUAGGUGGCAUAAUCCAAAAUUAUUCUAAGGACUUGAUGAAGACCUACCCACCGUUUGUAAACUUUUUUGAAAUGAGCAAAGACACGAUUGGGAAAUGUGUAAAACAAAAACCAAGAUUUCAUGCUUUCUUGAAGAUUAAUCAAGCUAAACCGGAAUGUGGUCGCCAGAGCCUAGCAGAGCUGCUUAUACGUCCUGUGCAGAGGUUGCCAAGUGUUGUUUUGCUACUAAAUGACCUUUGGAAGCAUACUGCAAAUGACAAUCCUGACAAAGUCAGUUUGGAAAAUGCCGUUGAGAUACUCAAAGAAGUCAUGACGCAUAUCAACGAAGAUAAAAGAAAAACUGAAGGUCAACGACAAAUAUUCGAUGUUGUCUAUGAAGUCGAUGGUUGUCCCGCCAAUUUACUAUCCUCUCACCGCAACCUUGUCCAGCGAGUGGAAACAGUUGUUCUGGAUGAUGAGUUAUGUGAUCGAGGGGAACAAGUCACUUUAUUCCUAUUUAAUGACUGCCUGGAGAUAGCAAGAAAGCGCCAUAAAAUUAGUUCCUUCAAGAGUCCUCAUGGACAAACACGCCCUCCUGCCUCCCUCAAACACAUUGUGCUGAUGCCUCUUUCGCAGAUAAAAAAAGUAUUGGAUAUCAAGGAGACUGAAGAUUGCCGCAGUGCCUUUGCCUUGCUGGUACGGCCUCCAACGGAACAAUCAAAUCUACUAUUCAGUUUCCAAUUAAUUGUGGAAGAGCACAAGAAGGAUGACUGGUUGAAGUUGCUUAGUCGACAUGUGGCUAACACCAUUUGCAAAGCAGAUGCAGAAAAUAUUAUUUUUAAUACUGACCCGGAAAUUUUGGAAGUCAACACAAAAGAUAUGGACAGCACAUUAAGCAAAGCAUCAAGAGCAUUUAAGAAGACAUCAAAGAAGGUUACACGAGCAUUCUCAUUUACUAAAACGCCAAAGAGAGUUCUACAGCAAGCUCUAAUAGCUCACAGUACUCCAGAUACAAAGAGCCCAAAAAGGAAUGGAGCUCAUUUGGGUAGCCGAUGUACCAGCACCACCUCAUUAGCGGCUAUGCAGUCACCUUCAUUAGUGAGUCUACCAGCAAUGUUUGAAAAAAGGUACCAUACAUUCAGUCGAUCAACAACUCAUCUGAUCUAGAAUCUGUAUUUUGAUCAAUUGUAAUCAUUGAUAUUUGAACUGAUAAAGUAAAUGGAAUGUCAAAUAAUAGGAAGGUUGCAUUGUUUUAAAGAAAAGGUAGCACUAAUAACUCCACAAACUUUGUUUACCCUGAAUCUGGAAAUUGUUUGACUGGCUGUAUGUACACUAUAAUUGAACGAUUUAUUUUGUUCGCUAUAUUUCCUAUUUGUCUGUACAUUUUUGUACAAGUUUAUUUAUUUCUUGGCUUUCGUUGCCUUUUUAACAGAACACUCAAGUCCUUUUAUGCACUGAAUUAAACUGACAUGCUCCUGUUAGGUGAAGAGAGGCCAUUUUAACCUAACAUAGGGUAAAUAAUGGCAGGAUUAGGUGGGAAAUGGACGGAUCCGGUGGAAAACUGACCAAUAUAAUUCCCAUUGGACAAAAUGUAAAGUAAGAAACGUGAUCCAAUCGGUUUGUUAACUUGCAUUCUCUAUCAUUGCUGGGCAUUUAAUUGAAAUCCAUCAUCUCUAGGACACAGCAUUUUUUUUUUACACAAAACCUAAAUGUUAGCUACUCGCAAGGACGGUUUACUUUAAACAAUACCUUCAAAUUGCAUUUCUCCAUUAAACUGGAAUUAUUCAUGGGGGAAAAAUGUAACACUUGGUAUUUGGCCAAUAUUAAGAUUGUCUUUUGAAUUGCUGAAGUUGAUGACAAUCAUCUGGAUUUUCCCAAAGUUUAAAAAUUGAGUUCACUGAGAUUAUGAUUUUAAUUGUAAUUGUAUAAAACAUUAUUUACUCAAUUUUAAGGGAUGAUUCCAAGGUUAUAAUCUUGACUUUUCUGGUGUGCUCCAUUUAUUAAAAACUAAGCUACAUUUCCUAUAAAUAUUUAUCUUGCAUCUGUUAAACAAUGACCUUCAGUGCAGAGUUAAGUGCUAUGGUGUUUAUAUGAAUAUUUCUAUGCCUUGACUAUUAUUAGAUGUUCAUAUUAGGGAUUGCUCAUUAUGGGCACUUUCCUUUGUACUAUAUUUUUGCGGGGGUAGGGGAGGAAAAAUCUGUCUUGUUUGUUCUACAUGUCUAUCAACCGUUUAAGUAUUCUCGGCAAAAUAAUCGAAGCUGCUAAAUGAAGGAUAUAUUAAUUUUUUGUAGAUAACUAUUAGACUGUAUAGUUUCAUUUACACAUCUAGAUACAAAUAAACAUGUUUUCAGAAAUAA